AUGGAUUCACUUCAAAACGACACCGUUAUCGAACCCACACCAUCCUCCUCUUCCACAACUCUCAGCCGCUACGAGAACCAAAAGCGCCGCGACUGGACCUCCUUCGGCCAUUACAUAACCAACCACACCCCACCCUUAGCCUUGGCUCGCUGCACCGGCGCCCACGUCGUCGAGUUCCUCCGCUACCUCGACCAAUUUGGCAAGACCAAGAUCCAUUCCAAUCUCUGCCCUUUCUUCGGCCACCCGAGCCCUUCCGGUCCAUGCACCUGCCCAUUGCGCCAAGCCUGGGGCAGCCUUGACGCACUCGUGGGCCGCCUUCGGGCUGCUUACGAGGAGCACGGUGGGAAUGCUGAGACCAACCCUUUUGGGGCUCGGCCUGUGCGUGUUUAUUUGCGUGAGGUUCGAGAUUUGCAGGCUAAGGCUAGAGGGAUUAGUUACCAAAAGAAGAAGCGGAAGAGGCCGUUGGGUCUGCCGCCGCCGCCGCCGCGCUCGGCUGCUAGCAGUUGUAGUGAAAGUACAAUAAGUCAGUUGAAGUUAUAAACUAUAUAACUAAAUUAAAAGCUUUUUCAUUUACCAUAUGGUAAGAAUGAUAUAAAAUAUUAUAUAUAUUUAGUAUUAUUUUUCAUUCUCUCUCCACAUGAAU